UGCGGGUGGCGCGCGCGCUCAGCUCCGGCGUCCGUCCCUCGCGACCCUUCGGUGACUCAGUGUACAGUGCGGAUGAGCGAUGCUUUGAUUCUCAUUCAUGUCAACAGCCUGAACAACAGCCAAACCGACGUCUCUCGAUUUCACAUGAACGGAAUAAAAUGCAGCCGGACGAGUCGCAGUAUUUGAAACGGAAGUGUAGGACUGGGGAUAUAGAUGUGCAUCCAACAGAAAAGGCUCUAGUGGUGCACUAUGAAGUGGAAGCAUCCAUUUUAGGAGAGGCGGGCAAUGCCAGGCAUGAGGAGAAGAAAGACUGCCAGAAAAUCAUCCGUCUGAGGAGUCUGAAUGCCAGCACUGAUGUUUCUGCCCUGGCCAGAAAGGUGGUGGAAGAGUGUAAAAUCAUUCAUCCAUCAAAGCUGGCGGAGGUGGAACAUCUGCUGCUGUAUUUACAGAACCGAAAGAAGCCCAGCGGUAAAUUGGAGAAGAAGGAAAAGAAACCAUCGAAACCUCGCGAACUUCUGCCGUUUGAAGGAAUGGAAAUUGACGAGGAGGCCAAUAUUAAUAAGAUCGAUGAUUAUAUUGAGCUGCUGUAUGAGAGCAUGUCUGAGAAGAUUAGAGGCUCAACUCUGAUCCUCCAUCUGUCCCGCAACCCUGAUAACCUGGAGGAGCUCCUGCAUAACGAGACUUUGCUCGGAGCUCUUACGCGAGUCCUGAGAGAGGACUGGAAACACAGUGUGGAGCUAGCGACGACUAUCAUCUACGUCUUCUUCUGCUUCUCAAGUUUCUCACAGUUCCACGGGCUCAUUACACACUAUAAGAUUGGCGCGCUGUGCAUGAACGUCAUCGAGCACGAGCUGAAGAAAUAUGACCUAUGGCAAGAUGAGUUAGAGAAGAAGAGCAAGGCUUGUGAGGAGGCCCCCGAAAACCAGAGCUUGCAGAAGGAGUAUGAGAAAACCCUUAAGAAAUCCCAAAGCCUCCUGGUCAGACAGGAGCAGCUGCUGCGAGUUGCGUUCUCCCUGCUGUUGAAUCUGUCUGAGGACACCCGCACGGAGCUCAAGAUGAGGAACAAGAACAUAGUGCACCUGCUGGUCAAGUCUCUAGAGAGGGAGAACGAGGAGCUGCUGGUGCUUGUGGUCUCCUUCCUCAAAAAGCUCAGCAUCUUCUUGGAGAACAAGAACGACAUGGCUGAAAUGGACACUGUAGAGAAGCUGGCUCGUCUGGUUCCUUGUGAACAGGAAGACCUGAUGAACGUCACUCUGCGACUUCUCCUCAACCUCUCCUUUGACACGGGUCUGCGCACCAAAAUGGUGCAUGUGGGUUUGCUGCCCAAACUCACUGCUCUGCUGGGUGAUGACAAGUACAAGCACGUAGCGAUGCGUAUCCUCUACCACAUCAGCGUGGAUGACAAAUCUAAAUCCAUGUUUGCGUAUACUGACUGCAUUCCUCAGCUCAUGCAAAUGCUCUUUGAACAUGGAGAAGAGAGAAUCGACAGUGAGCUCAUUUCAUUCUGCAUCAACCUGGCUGCUAACGAGACUAAUGCUCAGAUUAUUUGUGAGGGUAAUGGAUUGAAGAUGCUGAUGAAAAGAGCAUUGAAACUGAAGGACCCGCUGCUGAUGAAAAUGAUUAGGAACAUCUCACAGCACGAUGGACCUCUGAAACAGCUCUUCAUUGAAUAUGUGGGUGAUCUGGCAGCUCAGAUCAAGCAGGAGGGUGAAGAAGAGUUUGUUAUUGAGUGCUUGGGUACAAUGGCAAACCUCACCGUACCUGACCUGGACUGGGAGCUCCUGCUGAAAGAGUACAACCUGGUGCCCUACCUCAAAGACCACCUCAAACCCGGCUCAGCAGAGGAUGACCUGAUCCUGGAGGUGGUGAUCAUGAUCGGUACGGUGUCAAUGGAUGAUUCCUGUGCCGUCAUGCUGGCUAAGUCUGGCAUUAUUCCUGCUCUUAUUGAGCUGCUAAAUGCCCAACAGGAAGACGAUGAAUUUGUGUGUCAGAUCAUCUACGUCUUCUACCAGAUGGUCUUCCACCAGGCCACCAGAGAUGUCAUCAUUAAGGACACUCAGGCCCCAGCCUACCUCAUUGACCUUAUGCAUGACAAAAAUGUGGAGAUCCGGCAGGUUUGUGACAACACUCUGGACAUCAUUGCUGAGUAUGAUGAAGAGUGGGGGAAGAAGAUCCAAAGCGAGAAGUUUCGCUGGCAUAACUCGCAGUGGCUGGAGAUGGUAGAAAGCAGACAGAUGGAGGACGCCGAGCCCUACCUGUACGGAGACGAUACGGACGCUCUGGAGCAGCCCGAUCUCUUCUACAGCACUGACGGUAUGAUGGCCCCAGAGCCAGGCCUCAGUCCAGACUUCUACAGCCAGUUCCACUCUCAGAAUGGAGACUUCAACGCCUGCAAUGGAUCCGACGGCCGUCCUGCCACUGCCUACGGCUUCCGUCCUGACGAGCCGUUCUUCCACGGCUACGGAUCCACCAGAUAGAGCUGCUGCAUAACGCCAUCUCACCGCUCUCUACAAGACCACUUUUAUCUCCUUGAAAACGCUCAAACCCAGAAAAUGUGAGCCCACCCUUGGAUUUAAAGGCAGGUUUAUUAGCGAGACCCUGUAAAAUGCUUGGUGAUGCUUAAUAACUUUUACUUAUUCGUUAACAAAAAGAUCAGUAGUUCAUGUACAUUCAAAUAUGUAAAAUGUUAUUUUAUAUUCAAAUGUUUAUUUAAGUUAUACAUUGACUUUUCUCAUGGUUUGAAUGUAUGCAAAUAUGUUGUUGGGCAUUGUGUAAUCAUGCAGAUUAUUUGUGUACAUUAUAUUAUAUCAUGUAUUAUUAUUUAUGAAGGGUAUUAUGAAGUGCUGUAGUUCAGUUGACUUCAUUUGGGUUUAAGAUGUCUUAAUCUUGCGAUCUUAGAGAGACAUAAAGGGUACAAUUUAAUUUGCUUCAUGCUUCUACCAGUAAAACAACUGACUUACUAAUAACUAAAGUUAGAUUUUAGUUUCAAAAUAGUCUUUUAUUUAAUUUUUUUUUUUUUAGGUUUUAGGGAGUGCACUUUAAUAGUAUACAGUAUAUUCAUUGAACUGCAAUGAAUCUGUUCUCAUCUUCAUAUUUACUAAAUUACAAUCAGCUAAAUUGUUACCGAUUGACCGAUUCAUCCUGUUCUCAUUAACCAGAGUUGACUGCAUAACUGCAUUAACAGCUUCAUAAUGAUGUAGCAUCACUCACUUUAUUCUCAAUAUCUUGCACUAAUUGUCAUGUAUAACAAAACCAUACACUGUGUCUGUUCGCUUAUAUAAGGCAUUAUUCCUCUCAAGAGAUAUUUAUGAAUUAACUACCUAAUAAUGUCCAGGGUUCAUUGCUGUGAAAAUGGUUGAGUCUUAUAACACUUUAAGUACAGUGCUAAAUGCUGCCUCUGGUACUAUUUAAUGCUGUUGUUUUAAUUUGGUUAUGUUUCUGAUUGAGAUGUAGCAUGUUUGUUCAAUUUUAAGUUGUAUGUAUAGAGUACUGUAAUUUUAAUUUAUCACAGUGAAUUCAGGACCGCUCUGUAUUUCCAGACACAAAACGUGCCUCCUAACAUCUUGGCCUUUGCUGCUAUAAUGAUCCUGUGAGUUUGACAGAUGAACUGCGAACAGAAGAAAUAAAACAACGCACUGACGAGUUG